UUAGGAUGUUGUAGAUUUAGUAUUUAAUCCCUUACGCUCUGUGAUCAGUCAGAAUCGGCGGCGUUACACCGAGGAUGAUAUAACCGAUCGAAUAAUCGCUAUGGGUUAUCCAGCAAAAAGUAUAGAACGUUUAUAUCGUAAUAGUAUGUGUCACACGGUUAAAUUUUUAGAACGCAAUCAUGCUGGACAUUAUAAAGUAUUCAAUUUACGGGGAAACUAUUUCUACAAAGUGGAGAAGUUUCAUGGGCGAGUGGGUCUAUACCAUAUGAAGGACCACCACCCACCAAGACUUGAUCUCAUGGAUCCUUUUUGCAGAGAGGUCAACGAGUACUUAAAGGCCGACCCUCGGAAUGUUGUAGCUGUGCAUUGCAAAGCUGGGAAGGGUCGGACUGGUGUAAUGAUUUGCGCCUAUCUUGUCUCAAUUAAUUUUUAUACCCUUCCACGUCAAGUAAUGGAUUAUUAUUCUAUCGUUAGAACUGUUAACAAUAAGGGCGUAACAAUACCUUCACAGCGUCGAUAUGUUUACUACUUUGCACAAAUGCACAAGUAUGGGCUGACGUACACACCGUUGCGGAUAGAACUUGUAGGAGUAUAUGUAGAGCGACCUCCACAACCAGGUUACUCUAUAAUCGAGUGGUUUUUUUUGAGUACGCUGUGCGCUCUUAGGAGUGAGGAAGAGAAACUAUGGGCCGGGAAAGUGCCGUUUGGAAAGGACAGCUACAAUCCAUCGAUGCUCAGCUUUGAUACAGAUAAGACAUGUGUUUCUAGGUUUGUGCUGUUUCGGAACCAUCGAAUUUUUCAUUUCGCUUUACGUUUCUGUUUUCAAAAAAUUUAG